AUGGUAAUUUAUCCAGUAUUAGGAUGGAUUUUUAAAAAUGUUGAUAUGAUGAAAGAGCGGGCAUAUUUGGCCAGAUAUCUCACCAAAAUCGAUGUCCCAGGUGCAUUUCAAGAUCCAGAAUUGAUUGAGUUAUCGAAUCAAAUUUCAACUUUGAUGGAAGAAUUCAAAGAUAUACAUUCGCAAGUUAUAGAAACUCGUAAAGAUUCAUUAAUGAUGGAGAAUAUACGAGCUGAUUUAACUUCUAUGAAAAUCGAGAAAGAACAAUUAAGCAAACGAGUUGAUAAAAUUGAGCGUAAGCUUCACGGUAUAGCAAAUAUGGAACGUUUGCUACGACUUGCCGAAAAAUGUCGAAUGGAAAAUGAACAAUUGGAAAAAAUUGGACAUCUUAAAUUGGAGCAACAAAAUUUGAUUUUAUUCAAUGAUCAAAAGUUACAGCGUUUGAAUAUUUUACUUGAAGAAGUAAGAGCAGCUGGUGAAAAUGUUGAUCCGACGAAAAGAAUGAAAGCUCUAAAGGAAGAAAUGGAGACGAAUCGUUAUAUGGUUAAUGAAAAAUUACCGAAAGAAAUUGAAUCAAAAAAAGGAAUUGUUGCUGACUUAAAGAAAGUGGUUGAUGUUGCUGUUAUGGAUAAAAAUGAUAUCGCUGAAUUGCAACAAAAAAUUGACAAAGUGAAUCAGGAAAUUAUGGAUCUGAUAAGUGAGCGUGAUCGUAAUGAUGAGAGUACGGAUAAGCUAUCAAUUUAUCGGCAUCAAGCAUCAUCUAUUUAUAAAAAGAAAGCACAGCUGGUUGAAAAAUUGCAAAAAGCGCGUUUGGAAUUGCAAAAUAUUACAAAUAAGGUGGAAACGAAGGGGAAUAACUUACGAGAAAAAGGUGGCACAGAUUUUGUGAUUACAACCACACAGUUCAAGAAUUAUACCAGUAAGUUACGCACUAAAACAUCAAAUUACAAACGGAAACAUGCUGAAAUAAGUGAUUUGAAGAGUGAACACGCUAUACUAUCACGUACUGUCGAUAUUCUUGCAAAUCAGUGGAAAAAACUUAUGCAGAAAAUAGAGGAAAAUGGUAGAAGGAUAAUUGAAAGACAUGAUGCAAAAGAUGAUGAAAAAUUUGAAAGUACCAAACCGGAAACAAAUGAUAUGAAAAAGUUACGUGAUAUGAUUAGCAAAUUAAAUCAACAAAUGGAUUUAAAAAGAAUGACGGUUGAUGAUUUCAAACAAUCAAACGCUGAAUUAAAUAAGCAUCUUGCUGAUGCUAUGGAAAGUUUCGAUGCGAAGAAACGAAAUUAUGAGGCAUCCGAAGCAAAUUUUGAAAGUGCUUUUCGAGAAGUUGAAGAGGAUGUCAGAAAUAUGGAAGAUGAAAUGAUUACGAAGAAGCGGAAAAUUUUUCGUGCUGACAUUGAACUUAAAAUCAUGAAAACUAUUUCAGAGAAAUUGAGACAAGAUGGAUUAAAACUGAUUAAUCAAAUAGAGAAGGAAAUUAGCCGUAUCAAUAAAGAAAUGGAAAUUUUGCAACAAUCAAAUCAAGAAAAUAAAUUAUCAGUCGAGGAAGCAACUGCUCAAGUAGCAAUGUGGCGAUCAUUAAUGAAAAUUUUUCAACUUAAAUUACAAAUAGCAGAAGGUGAAAAUAAGAACAGAAGAACAGAAUGA